GCUAUUUCUUUACCCAUUUGCCUAAGAAAUUUUCCACAAAACCUUGCUGUAGUAGGUUAGUAACAGAAGUUUCCUCAUAUCACCAGACACACUUACAAACAAAGCAAGUUAUUUUGUUUGACUAUGAUGUUUGAAAUUUUAAGAAUAAAUCAGGAAAGUGAGGCACUUUUUUUUGUAUAUAUUGCCUAGAUCUCUAGCUAUUCAUGAGGCACAAGUAAAAGAAAUUGUCUAGCUAGCUAGCUUCACUUCUUCUACUAAACAAAAAUGGUUCCUGGUCCUACUUCUUCUUUAGCAGUUAUAUGCAUUUUGCUGUCAACAUUUAGUUUCUAUCAAUCAAAUGCGCAGUUGAGUGCAAAUUUUUACUCAAGUACAUGUCCAAAUGUUUCAACUAUUGUCCAAAAUGUAAUUCAACAAGCUUUACAGUCUGAUGCGCGCAUUGGGGCCAGCCUCAUUCGUCUUCAUUUCCAUGAUUGCUUUGUCAAUGGAUGUGAUGCUUCACUUUUGUUGGAUAAUAACGCUACAACAAAUAUAGUAAGUGAGAAAGAUGCAGCUCCUAAUGCAAAUUCCACAAGAGGUUUCGAUGUUGUUGACAACAUUAAAACUGCUGUUGAAAGUUCUUGCCCUGGUGUUGUCUCCUGUGCUGACAUUCUUGCUCUUGCCGCAGAAUCCUCUGUUUCUUUGGCAGGUGGUCCUUCAUGGAAUGUUUUAUUAGGGAGAAGAGACAGCAGAACAGCAAAUCAAGCAGGAGCUAAUACUUCUAUUCCGUCUCCUUUGGAGGGCUUAAGCAACAUUACAUCAAAGUUUUCCGCUGUUGGACUUAAUGUUACCGAGCUAGUUGCCUUAUCCGGUGCACACACAUUUGGACGUGCCCAAUGUCGCGUAUUCAGUGCCCGCAUUUACAAUUUCAAUGGCACAGGAAAUCCAGACCCCACCCUAAAUACAACUUACUUGGCCAACCUAAGGCAGAUAUGUCCUCAAAAUGGAAGUGCCACAGCCUUGGCUAAUCUUGACCCGGCAACGUCGGAUAGUUUCGACAAUAAUUAUUUUGCAAACUUGCAGAACAAUCAAGGGCUUCUGCAAUCAGAUCAAGAGUUAUUCUCAACAGCUGCUGCAACAACUGCCUCAAUUGUGAACACAUUUAGUAGUAACCAAAAUACCUUCUUUCAGAGCUUCGUUCAGUCAAUGAUUAACAUGGGAAACAUUAGCCCAUUAACCGGCACCAACGGGGAGAUUCGCUCAGAUUGUAAAAGAGUCAAUUGAUGAAAAAAUAUUGAUUAAAAGAAGAAAACAUUUCAAGCAAAGUUUUGUAGGUUUAGCAGUUUUUGUUAUGAAUUAGUAGAUCUUUGUUUUUCUUAAACCAAGUGUUGUUACUGCAUAGAAUAUUGGUUGUAUUAGUCACUGCCUUUGACUUUCCUUUUAUAUUAUUUCUAAAUCUUUUUUCUUCUUU